AUGCGGAAGAGAGGGGCCUCUACUGGGGGGGCUCGACUGCCGGCGACGGCUUCUACUGCCUCGAUCUCGUCGACUGCCUCACUGCCGUGCUACUGCCUCUACUGCUUGCACCGCUGCGAACUGCUUCUAGCGGCUUCUACUCUCUACUGGCCUCUACUCGACUUAAGCCGCUACUGCUUCUUCGACGGCUUCACUGGCCUCUAUCGGAGGGCGUCUGACUCCCGCUACUGCUUCUACUGUCUCGUACGGCCGCUUCUAGUCCUUCGAACUGCUGUGCUACUGCCCUCUAAUUACUUGCCGCUCAUGCUUCUACUCGCCGCGUCGGCCCUCUACUGCCUCAACGAACUGCUUCUACAUGGGCGGUCUACGUGCGGCUACGGCUCUACGCUUCUUUACUGGGGCCUCUACUUGGCUGCUACGGGACGCGACUGGGACUCUACUGGACGUCCUACUGACUCUACGCUUCUACAGCCUAUACACUGCUUCGACUGGACUCUAACGGACGCUACUUGA